CUGCAUCUCAACUUUCAUCGUGUUUGCUGCAGCUGUCACACUGACUGUCUCCUAUCUCAUCUGAUUGCAUUCACUGUGUGUGUAUGUGUGUGCGUGUGUGUUUGUGUGUGUAUGUGUGUGACUGUGUGUGUGUGUGAGUGUGUUUGUGUUAGAGUGUGCGCGCGCGCUGUCCGUUUGCGUCGGUUUGUGGGCGAGAUGCUAAAUACGGGCAAAGGAAUGAAUCUCCCACACGCGCUCCCCCGCUGAACCAACUCGUGCAGAUUUUGUCUUUGUGAACGUGAACGCGGUACAAUACCCUCCGGUUGUGCGAAAGACGGACCCACUCUGCGCUCGAGCUGCUGUCGCCUGAGAGCCACUAAUCUCAGCAAAAUCCUAUCUGACGAGACCUUUACAUCUUCACGGGAGAUAGUGAUUUACACAGCAGUAGCGAGAGAGGGAGAGAGAUUCAUUAAAGCUCAGGCAGUUCAGGAGUAAAGUAUCCUACAGAAGACAUUCGUGAUGGAUGGGAUGAAGCCAGCAAUGGAGAACAACGCCGAGGACAGCCAAGAAGAGAACCAGGAGAGCAAAGGUUGCUUUGAGUGCUGCAUCAAGUGUCUGGGAGGCGUGCCCUAUGCCUCGCUGGUGGCCACCAUCCUCUGCUUCUCAGGAGUGGCCCUGUUCUGUGGGUGUGGUCACGUGGCUUUGACAGGGACCCUGACCAUGCUGGAGAACCACUUUUCACGUGUGCCAACCGACCAUGCCACCCUCGCCAAUGUGGUGCAGAUCCUGCAGUACAUCAUCUAUGGCAUCGCCCCCUUCUUCUUCGUGUACGGCAUCGUCCUGCUGGCCGAGGGCUUCUACACCACCAGCGCCGUCAAGGACCUGCAGAAUGAGUUCAAGACCAGCGUGUGUGGCCGUUGCAUCACUGGCAUGUUUGUGUUCCUGACUUACAUCCUUGGUUUGGCCUGGUUGGGUAUCUUUGGCUUCUCGGCGGUGCCAGUCUUUCUCUUCUACAACAUGUGGACUACCUGUAACGCCAUGAAAUCGCCUGUGGCCAACAUCACCUCCCCUGAAAACAUCUGUGUGGAUGUGAGGCAGUACGGUGUAAUCCCCUGGAAUGCUACACCUGGAAAAGCCUGUGGCUCCACUUUGGGUGAUAUCUGCAACACUAGCGAGUUUUACCUGUCCUACCACCUGUACAUCGUGGCCUGUGCCGGUGCUGGAGCCACUGUCAUUGCUCUGAUCCACUAUCUCAUGAUCCUGGCGGCCAACUGGGCCUACCUGAAGGACGCCUGCCAGACCCACGCCUACCAGGACAUCAAGACCAAGGACGACCAGGAGCUGACGGACGUGCAGUCGCGCUCCAAGGAGGCCAUCAACUCCUACUCAUAAGGGCCCGACCACAGCACACACACCCCUCUCUGUCCCCUCACACCCUUUCCCCUCUUUCUUUUCUCUCUCUUUCAAACACAGACAUACAUGCACCCACAUGCAAACACACACACACACACACACACACACAGAGCUGCAACCCCCCAACCCUCAGGCUGCACACUGCUGACUAACACGGCUCAGUGUCGCUUCUCCCCACCACCACGUGACAUGACGGCCUUGUGAGGCUCCCAUAACCGUGACAUAACACCAGCUUGUGCGUUUUCUGAAACUUUAUUAUUUCGUUUCCUUUUUUAAAACAGUUUUGUGGCAAUGCAUGUGAAAUGCCUUAACGGAGUCACAGUGUGCUCAGUUUCGUUUCGAUUCACGUGAGGUCAGGGUGGACCUGGACUAGACGAUCAUGAGCACGCUGUGACCCUGUCGGGUGAUUUUUCCAGUGUUUGUGGUGGAUUGUCUAAAGUAGCCGUGUGUCGUGUCAAGACUGUGGCGCUUCAGGUCAGGCUUCAUGAUGCGUGGUGGGGAAGUGACACCCACUACUCUUAACUGUCUGCACUAACUCAACCAGGACGUUUCACAGGAACUUCCUUUUUUUUGGUGUUUUAUACAUUUAAAUAUGAAUAUAAAUAUAUAAAUAUAUAAAUAUAUAACUGUGUGAAUGUGUAUGAAUGUUGUUGUUUUUCUAACUCUUAAAAAGUAUGUCAGGUUUAAUAGAACCUCUUUCUGCUCUCUCUCUCUCUCUUUCUCUUUCUCUUUCUCUUUCUCAGUUACUUCUUACAGUUUUGUUUUCUGAACCUUUUUUAUGGUUAUACUUGACACAUUGCACUGCUGUAAAAUCAGACAAAAUCCAUAUACUCUCUUUCAUAAACUCACUCACUCAAAAAAUCCGACUUCUCAGAUCUGCAUGGAUCACUUUUUCUCAACUUAAUUCAAACUGAACAGUGGCAAAAGAAAACCCUGUGAGGGGAUUGGAUUGAUGUUGCUAUUUCAACUGACAAUUUCACAUUAAUGCGGAAAAGUGGAAACAUUAUAAACGUAUGUUUGUUUUCAGAUAUAUAACAUGCCUGAAGAAUGAGAAAUAUCUGGUUUGCACAUGUUGUCUCAAGUAAGCUAAUAAUUGAUCAAACUGAAUAUUUGAUCUCAGUUCUAAAACAUUCUAGAACUAUCUGAAGGGAUAUCCUUUAAAAUAAACGAGCAAGUUUUGUUUUCUUUUUUAUCUUCCCUGUGGAAAUUUAAUUUAAAUAUUGAUUUAUUGAUAUCAUUUUUUUUAUUUCUGUUUGGAUUUUAAUGAUGUUGGUCUUUACAAUGUUCAAAGAUGCAGCCAUGUAACAUAUAUAUUUCUUGAAUCGGUGGAAAAGAGUAAAUUAGCUAAUUAGCUAUCUAUAUAAUCUCAGUGUAUUGACUCAGCAGUAUGAUGGCAGCUGACACUUUUCCUAAUUGAGCUACUGUGUAACAUUGCUUGGAUUUUAUCUUGGGUUUGAUUUACAAUCUUGUGAUUUUUGCAGCAUUUGUGUCCUUUCCUCCUCUCCUGGCCACCCUGCUAGUAACAUGCCAUGUCUGUGGCGUAUUGGAUCUUCUAACUGUAACUCUCCAUGUUGUUGGAUAAGUGCUCCUGAAAACUGCCAUGUUAACAUCCACUGUGUCACAGUACGGUAUUUCUGGUCAGGCACCUGUGGGGACUGUCUUUGAAGGGCCCUCCUUAACAACGAUGCAGCACUCAUGGCAUGGCAGUCAUAAGAUUGUAUUUAAUGUAUUUAAUACAGCUAUCUCCAUCCAUACAUUCAGUAUAGGAGAACAAACACCUCCACACUUGUCACAUUUCUUGGCAUGUCAUGGUUAUGUAACCUGCAACACAAGUUGGCACAAGAUAUUCUGUGAUAUCCUAAAUGAAUGCUUGCUAUAGAUGUGUCACUUGCAUUUCAUGUUGGAAUUGUGUGGUUAAGAAGGCCCCCAUCAAAGAGCAGUUUUUCUCAAUUUCUUAUAUUUAAAAGUUUUUACUAAUACCACUCUUACACAAAUGUGAUGAGUCUUUUAAGCAUACACAAAACAAAGCUGUUUUUUUUUUUUUUUUCAAAGUUAAAAGCAUGUUGCCCACAUGGUGAGGUUGAACUACAAAAAUCAUAACCUAUGCGUUUUGGUUCCUGCCAAUGUUCGGAACGUAUCCACUGAUCGCAAUCUCAGUUUCAAACUCUCCUGUUUUUGUAUCAGAAGACGUGUGCCUGGAUGUUUUGUUGUUCCCUUGUUAUUGCAUGAUGGAAAGAUAACCUUGACCUCCUCUCCCUAAUUUGUAGGUGAUGUGUUGUCAGAAGUAUGGUAGGCAGUGUUCGCCCUCGUAAACCGCCCCUCCCCUUUCUCCCACUGUGAUUUGAUGGAAUUGUAGUCCUAGUUGUUCCAUAGUCCAUUUUCUUUGGAAAAAGUUGACGGUUUUAUGAAUCCUGUAUAGUGAUGAUUUUUGUACCCUUCUCUAGUAAAACUGAUAUUUUCUAUGAUCGCCAA